CUUUUGCUACUCUGUAUAAAUAUGAAGUUUUACUCAAAAAGCUCCAAAGGAAAAUGUCUCCCUUUAUUGGAAAAAUCCUCUUGAUACUCACUCUCGUACUCAUUGGCUAUGGCCUCAAGCUGUUGCUUCAAAAUGUUCAAAACAAUUUCGAGCGAGACAAGGCUGAAGCGCGCCAUGAUCCAGGGUAUGUGCGUCAGCAUGGGGAGUACUGGGUAUGGCAUAAUUAUAUAGUGGCGGGCGAGGAUUUAAUUGCGAAUGAAAGUGUGACCCUGGCCACACAUGGCACCUAUGCGGACCUGAAGCUGCUGCCAACUUUGCUGAUCAGAUGGCAGGCGCCCAUUAGCCUCUCGAUCUAUGCCAAUGGUGAGGAUCUGGAUAAGACCAUCAAAGGUUUGGCCUACAUCAAUAGCUGCCUGCAGCUGGGCGUCCUUAUGCGUCGCUUUGUCAGCAUUCAUUUGGUGUGGCAUCAGCAGCACAUGCCACGGAAUAUCCGACGCGGCAGCAUGGGCGUCACAGCCGAUCCCUUGAUGUGUGAUGCGGCCCCAAUUUAUCUAAAUUCGUCACAGGAUCAGACCUACUGGCAUCGCAAGAAUCUGAAUUAUCCCGUGAAUCUGCUGAGGAAUGUGGCACGUUUGAAUGUCUUAACGUAUUAUGUUUUUUCCGUGGAUAUGCAAAUGCUGCCGCCAUAUAAUUUUCCCAAAAAGUUUGUGAAUUUCGUUUUGAAUCAUGAUGUGUGGCGUUAUGCAGAUAUAUCACUGCCCUACACAACUGUCUUUUGUUUGCUGACAUUCCCGCAUGUGCUGGAGGCACCUUUGGCGCAGAAUAAAUUCCAAUUGGUUAUGAUUUUGAGGGAUUUCAAUAUCACGAGUCCUGUGUACGACAAUAUCGAUGUGCAAAUGAAAUGGCUAAGCACUCGGCAUAGCAGAGAUGAUUUAUACAUAUUUAGUCGCUCAAAGAAAAUGGAUACGUGUGUGGCCUAUGUGAGCAUCAAUGAGCUGGAACCGCUCUACGAUGAGAACAAUCAAAUGGAGUCGAUUUAUAAACAUGGUGCUAAUUUAAAGGCCCAAGUGCUAAUGGACUUGAAUUACACUUUCAUUAUCCUGGAUGGUGCCUUUCUCAUACGUCGCACUCUGGACAGCUGGCAGAACAUUAAGCCCGAUGAUCAUGUAACUGUUGGCCAAGACAGAGGCUCACGUUUGUGGCACAUCUGGCAUUUGUUCUACCAUCAAAUGAUAAGCUUAGUGCCCAAGGAUUUUGCACAGAACUGGUAUACGCGUUCGCGUCAUUCGCGUUAUAGUCAGUUAAUCAAACAACGCUACGAUUAACACC